CUCCUUUUUGAGCCAUCACGAGGAUCGGGGGGUGAAGUCUUAAAAAUAGGGAGCUUGCAAAGACAGCUUUUUGUUUUCUCUCUUUGAAUUGCACCAUUUUCUCCUAUAUCAAUCAAUGGAUCAAAAAGGCUAUUCCUACCCACCACCGUCGUAUCAGCCGCCUCCACAAGCGCAGUAUUAUAACCAGUACCCUCCUCCACAACCACAGGGCUACUAUCAGCCCACACCUCCACCUCAGACCGUCUAUGUCCAGCAGCAACCGCAAUCGCACAGCAACGAUAUGUGUUGGGGAUGUCUUGCCGCUUGCUGUAUCUGUUGCGCGUUAGACGCCAUAUUUUAAAAAUCAUCGUUGCUAUUUUGUCUCCAUAAUCUAUUAUACUUUGGGAUUGACGGACCGUGCUACUCAAGAUCGAUUCUAUUGCCCUUACCGCAGGAGUGCCUAAUGACGUGUAAAGUCAAGCUAUAGUAUAUAUUUUCACCCAUUCAAUUCAUUAAAACCAUUUACGUUCUAUUUACUCUACCA